GUUCAACAAUUUAGUAGUGUAGACUUAAGCUGAUGGUAGUAUUCUUUCCUCUGCUACUGAGAAAUAGAUGCUGUCAUGUAUGUUUUUUAUUCUUCAGAGUUUUAGAUGCCUUCCAACCAGUGUACUGCAUGGAGCUCCGUCACAGGUUUUCCAUCAUCACUUCAACUAGAAUUGAUAUCAAAAGCUUCACUAAGGAUCUUUCAGCAUUGAUGAGCUGUCCACCCGUGUCCAACGUCACCAUGAAGGAGUUACACAGAGUCAGACUGCAUUCCUGUUGUAACGCAACAGGUGUUUUAUACUUGACAAAGCAGAACACAGCUGUCAAUGAGGGAAUUCCCUUUGAAGUUAACUCAAAACGGAGCUACCAAAUAAAUGCUGCAAUUCAUGACAUGCUGCCUGAGGAGUUUCCCUGGAGUAAGCGUUCUCUCGGUCAUUGUGCUGUGGUGGGCAGUGGAGGGAUUCUGAAGAACAGUAGUUGUGGAAGAGAGAUUGACAGUGCAGACUAUGUCAUCAGGUUUAACAUGCCUCCUGUUAAUGACAGUGAUGUUGGGUUAAAAACUGAUCUGCUCACUGUUAAUCCCAGUCAAUUGAAACGCUUUGGGAACAUGAAAGUUAAUCCAGAUCCAUUAGUGCAGCGUGUGAGUUUGUACGGAAACUCAUCAAUCAUCGUACCAGCCUUUGCAUUUUCAGCUUACACUCAAGUAGCCAUCAACACACUCAAAGUGCUCCGGCCGAUCAGACCUCACCAGCGAGUCGUCUUCUUUUCGCCAAGCUACCUUAAGAAAUUGGCUGGUCUCUGGAAGGGGCGUGGCUUGAAAGUGUUCCGCCUCUCCACAGGUUUUAUGUUAAUUAAUGUGGCACUAGAGCUGUGCGAUCACGUGCACGUUUAUGGAUUUUGGCCAUUUGGGAUCAAUCUGCAACAGCAAGAGGUUCCACAUCAUUAUUUCGACAAUGUAGGACCCAAACGUGGUUUUCACUCCAUGCCAAAAGAGUUUCUCAACUUACUGCAGUUCCACAGCCAGGGGGCGCUAACACUGCACCUACAGCCCUGCUCAUAACUAAAAGAUCUUGGGCCUGAUGUAUAAAUGAGGCGUACACACAAAAUGGGAAUAGAACUGUGCGUACGCUGUUUUCCACGAACGUAUCCGGAUUUAUUUAAAAAAAUCUUAGGGUAAAUAUGCACGCACCAUACGGAUGCUCUUGACUGUGCGUACGCACUCUUAUUCCUGAAGUGAAAAGUAAACAAGGAUUGUAAGAUCCGCUUUCAUUUUGAUAUACACAGUUACAUUAAAUAUCCCACUCUUAAAGUAAACACUUAAGACAUUAAGCAGAAGUUACAAAAAUGAUAAAAAUUUAGACAUAUUUAUAGUGGAUGUGCUUGAUCACUUUCUGGCAUGCUAUGUUUUAAUGACAGAACGGCAUGUUAUAGGUGCACAAUGUCUCAGGUUACGAGAAAAUAUAAAUAUUUAGCGUGAACAAUGAUCAAUGAUGCGCACGUGUGAAGGCAUUUCAAUAACAUUAUCAAAAAUACCACUGUAUUUGAAGAAUAGGCAACAAUUUACAGAAAACGGUAAAAAUUGCACGUUUCCUUUUUAGAAUACGCCGACAAUUGUGGGUUACAUCGUUGUAUCUGUUUUCACUAAAAUAGCUAAAAGAUGUUCACCUUAUCAGCAAAACUGGAUAAAUCUAAUUUGAUUUGUAUUUUUUUAAACAAUGAAAUAAUAUUUGGCCAGUGGAAAAGAAUGAGAUUACUAUUCUAAAAUCUUUAUCUGAGAACUAUUAAACAUGCAGUUUUAUGGAUAUUUUGAUAUAUUUAUUCUAAAACAGCAAUGAUACUGGAUGAUUUUUAGCCAUGUAAUAUGUAUGGCACAAAUGCCAUUUAUAGGCUAAUCCGUAUCUCAUAUUUUCUUAAUGUACCUUUGACGGUGUUAAACAUUGUGUCGCGUGGGUUGGAUUAUGCAUGAAAAAUAUAUGCAGAUGAGGUUAUGCGUAGUAAAACAGGGAGGGGAGGAGACGGGAUGGAAAUGCAUGUACGCACAAUCUUUCUCUGCCUGGGAUUUACAAAGGGAUUUUUGCGCAGGUUCUGGCGUAUGCAUGGUUUUAUAAAUCUGAAAACAUUGCUUUUGUGCGUACGUACACUUUUAGGGUGAAAUCUAAGGUGAGUUUUAUACAUGAGGCCUCUUGU